AUUAACCUGCGCACUGUAUCCGGAAGUUUGACAAAAUAUGGCGGAUGUUCCGAGCGACGCUCCUCAGCAUUGUCCAGGAACCAGCAGUGACCAAGCUGGCAAAUCUUCAGCAUGUCAGGGAUGUCCAAACCAGGCCAUAUGUUCCUCUGGAGCUCCCAAAGCUCCAGAUCCUGCUGUGGAGGAGAUCAGGUUGAAGAUGUCCACCGUCAAGCACAAGAUUGUUGUUCUGUCCGGUAAAGGAGGCGUAGGGAAGAGCACGUUCAGCGCACAUCUGGCUCACGCCCUGGCUAGUGAUGAAUCCACAGAAGUGGCUCUGCUGGACGUGGACAUCUGUGGACCAUCAAUACCCAGAAUAAUGGGGCUGGAGGGAGAGCAGAUUCAUCAGAGUGGCUCUGGCUGGUCUCCUGUGUAUGUAGAAGAUAACCUGGCCGUGAUGUCAAUUGGGUUCCUCCUCAACAGUCCUGAUGAUGCUGUUAUCUGGAGAGGGCCGAAAGAACGGCAUGAUAAGCAGUUCCUGAGAGAUGUAGACUGGGGUGAGCUGAAUUAUCUGAUCGUUGACACGCCCCCUGGAACCUCUGAUGAACAUCUGUCUGUAGUGCAGUAUCUGAGUGGAGCAGGCAUUGAUGGAGCUGUUAUUAUAACUACACCACAGGAAGUAUCACUGCAGGAUGUACGAAAAGAGAUCCGUUUCUGUCAGAAAGUGAAACUGCCCAUCAUCGGUGUCGUGGAGAACAUGAGCGGAUUUGUGUGUCCCAAAUGCAAGAACACGUCUCAGAUAUUCCCUCCGACUACAGGAGGAGCUCAGCGCAUGUGUGAGGAACUGAGUCUGCCUCUGCUUGGACGAGUUCCUUUGGACCCGCAGAUAGGGCGAAGCUGCGAUGAGGGAAAAUCUUUCCUGAAUGAAGUGCCUGAUUCUCCAGCCGCCGCGGCCUAUCGGGCUAUUGUGCAGAGUAUUAAAGAUUAUUGUGCUUCAGACAGGAAGACGAACGUAACGAACGAGUGAAGAUCAGCACUGGAUUACAGUUAGUGGUAUAAUCCCAAUCCCAAUCCCUCACUUUGUUUUACUACGUUACGUCUCUCAACACAUUUCCAAUCCAUACACCAGGCAUCUGCAGGACCAGGAGUCAUUUCUGCUCCUGAAUGUGUCACUGUGUUCCUCUGUGUGAGAAACAUCUUCACAAGAACUGUUGUGUAACUGAUCUUCGAUUUCUCAAUAAAACCCUAUUUUUGUUAUUUA